AUGACAACAGCACAUCAACCGCCCCCGCUGGCGGACAUCCGCGUCCUUGAAUUCGCAGGACUCGCUCCAGGGCCCUUCGCCGGCAUGCUCCUAGCAGACUAUGGCGCAACAGUCCUCCGCCUCGACCGCGCACCUGCAACCCCGUCCACCGACCAACUAACGCGCCGCAAAACUUCGAUAUGCGUGAACCUCAAGUCUCCUGCGGGCCUCGCGCUAAUCAAGAAGAUCGUCGCGAAUGUCGACGUUGUAAUCGAUCCCUUCCGACCCGGCGUGUUGGAGAAGGCCGGUCUCGACCCCGACAAAGUGCUGCUGAAGUUGAACAAGCGCUUAAUCGUGGCGCGCAUGACCGGAUUCCGUCGAGACGGGAAAUACAGUCAAAUGGCUGGGCACGACAUCAACUACAUCGCUGUUUCGGGCGUGUUGAGUAUGUUUGGGCGCAAAGGGGAGAGGCCGUAUGCACCAGGCAAUGUAGUUGGAGAUUUUGCGGGAGGCGGCGCCAUGUGUUUCAUAGGUAUAGUGCUGGCACUGCUGGCGAGGGAAAGGAGCGGAUUUGGACAAGUCGUCGAGGCAAACAUGGUGGAUGGGAGUGCCAUAUUGGCGACUAUGCCACGAUUAGGACUAAAAACGGACGUCUGGAAAAGGGAGAGGGGAACAAAUAUGCUCGAUGGUGGAGCGCCGUUUUACGAUACAUACGAGACCAAGGACGGGAAGUACAUGGCAGUAGGCGCGAUCGAACCACAGUUCUACGCCGCGUUGCUCAAGGGUAUGGGCCUUAAGCCGUCGGAUCUACCUGGGAAUAGGGAUGACAAGGCAGACUGGCCAAAGCUCAAAGACUUCUUCACAGUAGAAUUCAAGAAGAAGACGCGCGAGGAGUGGGAGGCUAUAUUUGAUGGUACGGAUGCAUGCUGCACUCCUGUGCUUACACAGGGUGAGCUCGAGACCCAAGGUUUCGAUCAACGGCCGGCUGUAACCUUGAAGUCUACCCCUGGGUAUGCGAUCAAGGACGGUGAUGAUGGGCGAUCGGCUGCAGAGGGUCAGGGUAUAGGAUUGGACGGCAGUGGGUGGAGCGAGAAGGGCUUGAAGCCUGGCCACGGGGGUGAAGAUACGUUAAGCACAUGGAUGGGAUGGACAAAGGGGAGGCAUUAUAUCGAAGACCAAGGAGGCCUGGUCUGGAAGGAUUCUGCAAGGCUAUAG